UGCCUUUUCUUCAAGCCAUGACCAUUAACCCUUGCUUGUUUGAAUCUUCAUCUCUCUCUCUUUUUCUUCUUAUUCUUUCGUUUCAUAACAUAUAUUCUUCUUGACAUGGGUUUGCUUUUGCUUCAAUUUUACAUCUUCUUUUGACUUAAAAUCUCUCUUCUUCUAUAUAUAUUUGGAUUCACAAGAGUGUCUUCUCUGGUGGGUUUUCGAUAUUAAGCAUGGAAAAGCAAAAUUUUGGUACCAAUGGUGGCUAUAAAUUGCCUAUUGGAUACCGAUUUUGCCCCACAGAUGAAGAACUUUUACUACACUACUUGAAGAGGAAGGUUCAUGCUAUGCCAUUGCCUGCUUCGGUCAUUUCAGAUUUUGAUGUCUUCCAAACAGACCCUUGGGCCUUGCCAGGUGAUGUGAAGGAAAAAAGGUACUUCUUUUGCAACCAUCGAAAGAUGGAUAUUUUGAAUAAUAAGAUGUGCAAGAGAGUAAAUUCUGGUUCUGGGUUUUGGAAGCCUGUUGUUAAUAAAGACAAGUUGAUUGUGGCUUCUGAGUUUAAUAACCAAGCAAUUGGAGUUCGAAAAACUUUGGUGUUUUGUGGAGGAAAACGCCUAUUUCAGGACUCGAAAACUCGUUGGUUCAUGCAUGAGUAUCACUUUGUUCGUUCACAAACUAUCACCAACUCACUCCAUCUGAUAUCUCAGCCACAGAUGAAUUGGGUUGUGUGUGGAGUGUUUCAGAAGAAGAGAAAGCUUAACAAUAGUAAACAAAGGAAGAGAAAUGAGUUGAUGAUGACUGAGGGUUCACCUAGACCUUCUUUCUCAUGUUCAAGUGGAGUUACUGAGGUUUCUUCAUCCAUUAAUGGAGGCUUAUUAGAAGAUGAUCAAGAAGAAAGCAGUGCCAACAUUAUUAGCUAUAAUAAUGGUUCAAAAUCAUCAUCAUCAUCAUGCACCAGCACCAGAAAGCCUAAUUAGAUUAAUACUUUAGUUUAGUGUUAAUUAGGCAACACUGUGUUAUGCAACGAAUUACAUUAACUUCAAUUAAAGGCAUUUUAACCUUUGUCAUCAAGAGCUCAAUUAUAUAAUGAUGAGAUUGUGUUUUUUAACCAAAUCAAUCUAUAUAUCUCAUUAUCAUA